AUGUCCAUCCACAAUGUGGGUAGCGUGGCUCACGUGGUCGCUGCGACCCUUGCACUGGACGACACUGCGAGCAAGUUGGUGUAUGCCAAUAAGCGCCACGCAGAGGCGAAUGGCCACCCCUUUGGCUGGGAUGAGUUCAAAGUGGCCAUGCUGACGGCGUUCCUAGUUCAGCCCCCGGCGCUUGAGGUGCAUAUCCGCGUGGAGAACAUCCAGUGUGGUGACCAGCCUGUACGCGACUACACCAAGGAGUUUGAGAAAACUUUGUCGCUGCUAAAGACUGCUCUCCCUGAGAACGAGGUCAUCCACCAGUUCUUCAAGGGACUUUCUGAGCACAUCAAGCGUGUGCAUGCGGUGAAGGGGGAGCACCAAUGGAAGACCCACAAGGAGUGUAAGGACCAGGUCAUCGGCACGAAUGUGCACUUCCGUGCGUACCUAGACCUCAAGUGCACUCGUGAUCAGCAGAAGCCUAGUGGCGAAGGCCCUAGGGGGGGUGGUAGCAGGACCCAUGCGCCCAGGGGUGGUGGCUCUUGGAAGAGGCCCUAUCAGCAGAGGGGUGAAGCCUCUGGGACUCAGUCCAAGAGGGCCCAUGCUGGGCCUGCCAAGGAUCCCCAGGAUGAUGAUAAGCCCCCGACGGGCUGCCGCAUUUGUGGCAAGCCUGGCCACAAGACCUAUCACUGCCGUUGGAGGAAGUCCGUCAAGAACUCCGGCAAGCCCAACCAGGGCAAGAAGCCGGAUGGUUCGGGCCCUUUGGGUGUCAACCUCAUCCUGGGCAUGGAUUGGUUGCGAGCCAACGAAGUCAUUCUGGACUUCCAGUACAACAUUGUCUCGUUCAACAAAAACGGAAAGGCAAUAUAG